AUGGUGGUCGUGGGUAUCGUGGGGCCUCAACAGAGCGGCAAGAAGACCGUUGCGGCUACCCUGCAGAAACUCCACGGCUUUAAAAUCCUGACCAUAGGUGGCAACACUCCUCAGGGUGUUUUCGUUCAUGGAGGCACAAAAAAGGAAGUUGAGGAAGCCAGUAAUACUCCAGACGCAAGGCUCUCGGCAGCACCAACAGCAGAAACAACCCCAGCUACUACUCCGGGUGCCCGAGAGGCAGUUGCUCCGUAUGAAGAAAGUAAAGCAACGGAAGCUGCCACAGCCGUGAUGGAUUACUGUAAGUUUGCUGUCCUUUUCACCCAUUCAGUGGGGAGCACUUGUUCGGCUUUUCGUACUGUUCAAAGAAGCGGUCUUUCGUUGGCAGCCAUUGGCUGUAUCCCCACAUGCGGAGGCGUCUGUGGUGCCUGCAAUUUGCUUUUAGGCAUGCAGCAUUGGGGGGAAGACUUUCUGGUUUUGGGUUUCCGAACAUUGGAACAAGUCAAAGUCUUCCGGAAAAGGCCUAUCUUUCUUCUUUUAGCUGUCGACGCGCCGCUGCUCUGUCGUUUGCGGCGCUCUGGGACGCAAGACGUCUCCGCGUUUUUGGCUCACGAAGAUCGACUGAUGUUUGGUAGCGACGCAGAGAAAGAGAGUCACGGCAUCUACGCUUGUAUGCGGCAAGCAGACGCUAUCGUUUUAGGAGAUAGAGACCUUGCCUCCUUAGAAAAAAAACUCUCCGCUCUGGAUAUUGUUAACCCAGAGCGUCGCCGGCCAUCUUGGGAUGCUUACUUCAUGCGGCUCGCCUCGCUUGCUGCCAGCCGCGCGAAUUGUCUUAAAAGAAGGGUCGGUGCAAUUGUGGUCCGCAGCAACCGACUGGUGUCUACGGGAUACAAUGGAACGCACUCUGCUGCAGUCAACUGCUUAGACGGGGGCUGCGAAAGAUGCAGUGACCCGACAGUGCAUGCAGGAAGGCAGCUCGAAGCGUGUAGCUGUAUUCACGCAGAAGCAAACGCCCUCUUAGAAGCAGGCCGAGAGCGGUGCCUAGGGGGCGCUAUUUACGUCACCCUGCUCCCCUGUUUGAGCUGUGCCAAGUUAACCAUUCAAGCUGGCAUCAAGCGUGUGGUAUAUGCCGAGGCCUAUGACACCCAAAGCGGCUCCUUGGAGCUCUUGAGAAAUGCGGGCCUAGAGGUUUACAGGUUCUCGGAUCGUCACCCUUCCAUCCCCCACGCCAUUGUGUCUUUCGCAGAGUAG